UCAAGCUUAAGGCUAGCUAUUCUUUCAUAAUGGAGCAGAAGCGAAAGAUUUGUGAGUGGCUCCAGAACUUGAAGAUGCCCAAUGGCCAUACAUCAAAUUUUGGAUCACGUGUUGAUAUGGAGCAAGGCAGGAUACAUGGGAUGAAAAGUCAUGACUGUCACGUUUUCAUGGAAACUUUACUCCCUAUUGCAUUUAGUGGCUUGCCUGAACGAAUCUGGAAACCUAUGUCAGAAAUUAGUUUAUUCUUCAAAGACUUGUGUUCCAGUACGUUGAGGGAGGAUAACCUUUGUCGGAUGCAUCAGAAUAUUCCUGUUAUCACAAACAAGUUGGAGAAAAUUCUUCCACCGGGGUUCUUUGAUGUGAUGGAACAUCUUCCAAUUCACCUUGCAUACGAAGCCCGGCUCGGAGGCCCAGUUCAAUAUAGGUGGAUGUAUCCCUUCGAGAGGUCUAUUGGUAAGUUAAAAAGGGCUAUGAAGCAAAAAUCGAAAGUGGAAGGCUCGAUGUGCGAAGUUUAUCUUGCCAACGAAACAUCCCAUUUUACGGUUUCUUACUACUUUGAACGAUGUGGCUUGUUUGAGAAACAGCCUAAUCGACAACGUGGUGGAUGGAGGAGCUCCAGGGUCGGCGGUACUCAAGAUGAGAUAUUCAAGAUUACUCACACGAGGAAGGAGAAGAACGGCGAUGGUACAGGCCACGGGUUGAGCAAGAUGGUCGAGCUAACUCGGGUAAGUCGUUAG